GAAAGAAAGAAAGAAAGAAAGAAAGAAAGACCCCUCCUUCUCUUACAUCUAUCUAGCUAUCAAAUAUUCUAUCAUCACCAUGUGCAUUGUGGACAGCAACCCUACAUGUACUAUCAAUGGUGCUCAGGCACCGGCACCCGUCAAGGCACCAGGCGGUCCUCACCGUCGAUCGUCGUUGCAAACAAUGUCAUUGGCCGGAUUGGACACGACGGAAUUACUCGGUGAUAUCGAGACCAAGGUGGAAAAACAUUUUCCUGGCGCUCUUCCCAGUCAAGGCAUUUUGGACAAGGUGUCGGUGACGAUUGAAGCCCGUGGUUUGACACCCGAGAAUACGCUCUAUGCCCAGAGUGUCUGUCCCGAUGAAAUCAAUCAUGAGCCUGGCGACAUUACCAACUUGUUUACGGAGUAUCUGGGUGAAGUGUUUCACUUGGGUGGUUUGGGUGGCAUUCCCUUUACGGGCAAGACCGGCUUUGGUGCCUACUCGCACCAUGUCCCAGAAGGAGGUCAUUGUUUCAUUCUCUUGGCGCCUCAUAUUGGAUUGGACAGUGGAUGCAACUUUGGCAUGUACGAUCGAGAAGGACAAGCGUCGGCCGGAGCGGCUUGUGGAGCGGCCAUUGGCGCAUUGGGUUAUUGCAAAGCCUGCAAACCAUUGCCCGAUUUGACCACCGCCCAAGACGAUUAUCAAAUGUCCUAUAUUAUUCACAAAGUGCAUCAAUGCAAACACGAAAUUUUGGCGGAGACGACCGAUAAUGCCGUCCAGGCACGAUUGGCCCAUCACAUGCACAAAGUCGCUACGGAAAUGCUGGAUAAGAUUGUCAGUCUCGAUUUUGGAGGUCCGGAAUCGACUCUGACCAUUUUGACCGGCGUGCAAAUCAACAUGCCCGAACCCAUGGAGGAUUACUUUCAGCCAUUGGAGUUUUACGUCAAAGAAAAGAAUGGCGGCGACACUGUCGAUCUCUUUGAACAGACGUUUGGAACGCGAUCGGACCAUCAGAAAAACAACAAUACGUGGACCACCUACAAGGACGACGAUGGAACCGUCUUUGUCGAGUGCUAAGAAAGAUUGGAGGAUGAGUCAUUGGAAACCGAACGGCAUACGGUAGCUACUGUGGGCAAGCAACACAACACAGCAAUACACUCAUCCGAUGGAUGGAACAAACAACAGCAAAAGGACGACGGCAAGCAAUACGCCCGGCUUCGUGGACAUGGCAACAACAACAGAACUUCACCCACGUCCACAUCCAACUGCCACGUUUGUUUGUUUGUUACCGUGUAGAAGAUAUUCUAUAGAUAGAUUCAAUGAUGAUGAUCGAGAACGAUCUGUGCACUUUCCAACACACUUACUCGUAGUCCUCUUUCUCCUCGCUCCUCGAUCGAACCACUUGGAGGUCACUGCCAUGGCGCGACACGCCAGACAUAAAUCUAGCUAUCGAUCGUACCGUACCGGUAGCAACGUAGUGGAUGUUUCUCAUGA